UAAACUUACCAGGAGGAGUUCGGCGGCCCGCGCCAUCGGCCGAGGUGAUUAUUUUUUCGGACCCACCUGCAUAAGGAUAACGUUUCCCACGUCUAUACAGGGAUCCUAAUCAUCAAGUCAGCAGAAGCGCUAACCUCCACAAAACUUCAUAUCGAUGGCAGAAUCAAAGCCUCGCUGUAAAAAUUUAGUUUUAGAUGCUGGUCCACUGCUUUCGCUCUCACCGCUGAGAGGCCUGGCAGAGAUCUACCUCACCGUACCUCAAGUCUUGGAUGAGCUCAAGGACAAGCGCGCGCGCGAACACUUUGAACGAUUGGGGCUAUCUGCGGGUGUCCAAGUGGAUGUACGCAACCCUGAUGCUGCGUCGCUGGCUCAUGUGGUACAGUUUGCGAAGAAGACAGGAGAUUACGCUGUCUUGUCUCAUGCAGAUAUCUGCGUUUUGGCGUUAACCCACUCGCUUCAUGUGCGCGAGCAGGCGUCAUCGGAGAAUGACUCCAAACAGGCAAGAUUCGAUAGUGAUGCCACGGAAAUUGAUGAUGAUGCCCAAAUUCCCCCAGCUUCCCCUUCGGAUUCAUCGGCAGAUGUCCAUAAUGAGCAUGACAAGGGUGACGAGAGGGAACCGUUAGAUAUCGAACUUCACAGAGAAGAGGGCGAGGAUAUGGCAGAAGAAACCCUUCACUCCACGAGUGACGAGGCUCAACCAUUGGAUCAACCGCUGUAUGAGGACCCCUCUGAUGAGGAUGAUGGCGAGGGCGAAUGGGUUACACCUCAAAAUGUUGCAUUGCACAAAUCACAAGCGCUGCAGCUGUUACCUUCGGACAGUGGUGCUAGUAAGAAAGGGCGACAAAAGGAAGAGGACAAAUUCGUACUAGCAGGUUGCAUGACUGGAGAUUUCGCAGUUCAGAACGUCCUACUGCAGAUGGGUCUAACAUUAGUCGGGACCGAAGGAAAGCGGAUACAGAAGGUGAAGAGCUGGGUUCUUCGGUGUCAUGCUUGCUUUAAGAUCUGCAAAGACAACUCAAAGCAAUUCUGCCCGUCUUGCGGUAACCCAACACUAAUGCGAACAUCAGUCACUGUUGCGUCCCCUGACGCAUCACCGGACGUUCCUGCGAUGCAAGUCCACCUGAAGAAGAACUUCCAGUAUAAAGUGAGGGGGACGAAAUAUUCAAUCCCUGCACCCAAGCAUGGGUCGGCAAAGACAGGCCCUGGGGAAGGUCUAGUACUACGCGAGGACCAACUAGAAUAUAUGCGCGCUAAAAAGCGUGCAGACGGUAAACGGGACCGGGAGGAGCAGCGAAUGGUCAAGGGCCUGGUUGAUAAAGGUGGCGAGGGCGGCAUCAGCGUUGGCGGCUGGUCGGAUCCUGAUUGGAUGCCAGGAAUACUGAGCGUCGGGACUGGAGGGAAAGGGCGGUCGUUGGGCACUGGUGGAGACAUGCCACAUAUAGGAUACGGAAAGAAGAACCCCAACGAAAGAAAGAAACGGAAGUGA